AGUGACCAAAAAAUGUUAGCUUAAAAUUGUGACUUGACUCGUUUGAUUACCAGUCGGUUUUCGACCGUUCAGCGAAUAGUGCUGAACUUGUAGAUAUUUUAUCUGCAGUGUAAGGGAAGUUUGUUACAUUCCAAAGUGAGACAGAAUACCUCCUGGAUGGGGCAGGGCCAGUGGUUGAAUCAAUAGUUGUGAUUAAUACCAGAUUUAUAGCGAUAUAAUUCAUCUGGAUAGAAGAUAAAAGUAAAGCAAUAUCGCUAGUGAGUGUUACCAAAAUACAAGAUAUCCAGUCGUUGAACACAAUAAUCACACCCAAAGGCAGUCGAAGCAAAGAUGAAUGUCGAGAUCACACCAAACUACUCAUACAUCUUCGACUUCGAGAAUGAAUUCAUUCACCAGGAUACACGUGUUUGGAUGGUCAAAAACUGGACCUAUGUGUUCUAUUACUGCGGAAUCUACAUGGCGGUGAUUUUCGGAGGGCAGCAUUUAAUGCAAAACAGACCGAGGUUCGAACUGCGAGGGCUGCUAGCGAUAUGGAACUCGUUACUAGCAAUGUUCAGUAUAAUGGGUGCCUUUAGGACAGCACCUGAGCUAGUACACGUGCUGCGGCACUAUGGUCUAUUCCAUUCUGUGUGCGUGCCUAGUUUCAUCGAACAUGACCGCGUCAGUGGUUUCUGGACGUGGCUGUUCGUACUUUCCAAGCUGCCCGAACUUGGUGACACGGUUUUCAUUGUGCUCAGGAAACAGCCGUUGAUCUUCCUGCACUGGUACCACCACAUCACUGUCCUGAUGUACUCAUGGUUCUCUUAUACCGAAUACACUGCAUCAGCCCGUUGGUUCAUUGUGAUGAAUUAUUGCGUUCAUUCGGUGAUGUAUACGUACUAUGCGCUGCGAGCAUUAAAUUUCAAACCGCCCCGCUCGAUCGCCAUGGUGAUAACGGCUCUUCAACUGACCCAGAUGGUCGUGGGCUGCGCAAUCAAUGUGUGGGCCCACGGUUUUCUGCAAACUGCCGGAAAGGGCAGUUGUAACAUUUCCGAGAUGAACAUCAAGCUCUCCAUCGCUAUGUACUUCAGCUACUUCGUUCUAUUUGCUCGGUUCUUCUACAAGACCUACCUCUCAACAAACGCACGUAAAGGCAAACGUUCUGUUAAGUCUACUUCUAGCAGAAGUAGCGAAGCCACAGAAUACAACAGCAUCAAACAUGUUGCUGCACCCAUCAGCAGCAAUCUACAGACGAUGGCAGCACAAAACGACAAAGUCAAGGCACAGUAAGAUGUGGCUGAGCUGUAAACUCGUCACCAUUUGCACACGUACGAAAAACACAAGACAAGAAAUCAAAUUUCGUUAAAACAAUUCUAAUUGCCGAUUAUGUUGAAGUUUAAUAACGCAGUACAGUGCUCGGUUAUCACCACAUGCGCUAAAACCUACUGAAUUAAGUUGAAAUAAAAAGAAGACUCAAUGAAUAAUUCAAUCUGCGGCCUGCCAAAUAAGUAAGUUAUUUUCUGUACCUACUUCCAACUAAGUUGCGCAAAAAGCUAGCUGAACUGUACAAUGGUCCCACAAGGAAGAAGUCAAGUCAUCCUGAAGCAUAGAGUUCAUCCCACAAUUUGACACGAUAGCAACAAGACGAAGUCUAAGAGAACAUGGCUCAUAAAAAAAAUAACUAGACUAAGAUUCCGGGUCAGAAGCAGAAUGGUUACGUCAUCUGAUUCUUUCGAGUCAUCGGAAUAGAUUAGCAAAACCUUUCUAGAAACAAUUUGGUCUUUUGUUAUGCCAGUUAUUAUUUCGAUAUAAGUUACAAAAAGAGAAUCAGAUUGAAAGUUUUUUUUUGCACUAUUGUUUAUAGUCGGUAUCAUUCCAACUUUCGAGUCUCAAAAAUGGAAAAAAUGAAAAUAUUUAGUGAUUUGAAAUUGUAAAUGUUUAAUAAUGCUCCAAUCUGUAUAAAUGCAGAGAAUAAAAACUAAGUGAAAAAGAGAUACAUAGGGAAAAUUACGGGUUCAAAACAAAUACUGAACUGUAAGGCAGAGUAAUUCUAGUUAGCAACUACAAUUUAACUUUAUUCUAGAAAUUGGACAGUUGCCUCCGUUUUUAAAUAAGUAUCGUUUUCCAUGCUGCUUCUUUUGGUUAAUUUUAUCAAUUAUGUUGAAUUUAUUAUUUUUAGAAAAAAAAACACGCUAAUCCUUGUUAUUACACAGUAUUCAGGAUUGUUGAACGCCUGUAUAAAUCUGGUGGACCAUUUUGUGUAUUCCAAUUUUUGGUCUUUUUUGACCUAAACUUGUUGGUAGCUUUUCACGUUUAAGUUACUAAAUACAAACUGUGUUGCUAGUGACUGUUGAAAAUCCUGAAUCCAGGCAGAAUAUUAUCAGCAUUACCGAUAUUCGCGAAAUUCACAGCCAGAUAGGUGCUACCCAGUUUUGAAAUAAAAAUUAGGCACAGAACGUAACUGAGAAUUGAUAUUCGAGAGCUCUAUUUAAUAGCUGUAAUUUGAAUGGUCGCAAAUUUCAGUUCUAUUCAUAUGACGAUUUCUGAUAGGCAUAAACAUUUAAACAUAUUUCGUAAAAUUAUUAGAUCGAAUAAGGAGAGGGAUUGGACUAUGUUUAACAGCAUCUUAGUGGACUGUCUAGAAUCACAAAAUGUUCACACGUUAAAAUCGCUUACCUUGCGACAUAUGUAAAAAAUGAAUAGCUAACAUAUGAUUGAUAUGACCUGCAGUAGUAUUUUUUUCAGUUUCGUCGUUCCGUACAUUUUUUUGAACGCGAACUGAUCGAACACUUAAUCAGAACAAUUUAAAAUGGAUUGAACAAUGCAAAUCAUUCUCAACCAUGUUAUUUGAAUUAUUAUUUUUUAUUUAAAUGUGGCUAGAAUCAGCACUUUUGCAGAGAGAAGGAAUAAUUUGAUUCUAUUAAUCACUAGUUAUUAGUUUGAAUUAAAAUUCAAACAAGGGAUUACAUUGCAGUUUACGGGUUUAUUGAAAAAAUAAAUUAAAUUUUGUUUGUUUUGGGAUAUACUUACUUUACUUUACUUUUUUGGCUAACGGACCGUUCACCGGUCUAGGGCCGAACGAAUUAGAGAUGUCCAGCUUUUUUUGUCUUGGGCAGGGUUUUGGGAUAUAAAUGUAGUAUUUACGAAUAUACCAAACGCCGACUGACUCGAUUGAAUCAGAUUUCCUAAAAAACGCGAUACUAGUUUUAAGGCAAUAAGGGGAUCUUAAAUACCAGCAUGAUUUGACUCCCGUACGACUUUUCAUUAUUUGCGUAUUUUGCAUAUUUAUGCACUAUUUCUUACUAAAUCUCGCAGGCGACAUGAAUUGGAAGCCAGUGCAAACGAUAUUGUAGAAAAAAUCUUCACCCAACAUAAAACCUGUUUUCUUAACACAUCAAAGAACAUGUGCGAUCGUCAUAUGUAUAUUCCAAAGCGAUAAAAUUAGUUUCUAAUUCUCUAGCAGCAGAUCCCUUUCCUUGUACAAUAAUUAAUGGUCCGAAACAACCAAAACCAAGCGUUUGAUUUUAUUGGUUUUUUAUCUACUUCAUUCAAUUGAAUAAAAAUGAAAUUUAAUAAAUAACUAAACUGAAAAAACAGAAACAUGUGAAGUAAGCCAAUCAAUCCCAAAAUUCUAAAAUCGACGAAAAAGACGAUACAAACCUACGGAUUAUCCCGUCCCACAGAAGAAACCAUCAAGAAACAAACUAGUUCAUUAUGUAUCAGUAAAUCGCCUUCAACUUGCUAAGGUAGCAGAGCGUGUAAAUCAGGUAACAUGGCAUAUGAACAAAUCGAGCAUGUAGUUAUAGCUAAAUGGAAGAAUUGAAUUGCAUUAUUUUUGAAAUUUUGUUCUUCCUCAGACAAACGACAAAUAAAAAGAUAAAACCAAAAGGUGCUGCUGCAAAACAUUGCGAUAGCUUGCAAACCUAUUAACAAGUACUGAAGCAAUUAUCUAUUGUAAAUAUCUUCAUUCCUCCAGAAUUUCCUAUGCGUUUGCAAACCUAGGCUUUUCUCUACUAAAUUCUCUAGAGAUGAUUGCUAAAGUACAUAAUGCGUUGCUAUUUGGCAUAACAUUCCAUCGCAAUGGACGUUUUUCGGGUGAGCAACAACGGCAGCAUUUAUAUAUGAUAUAAAGAAAACAGACCUAUCACAUAAAACAAAACCAUAUAAAUAUAUUUUGCGGGCUUAUCCGCGACAUGACAUUUUUGUGAGAUCAAAACCGAACAAGUUUGAACAAAUUAUCCUGAAUGAGUGUUGUUUUGCGUAUAAUUUUUGGCUAGUUCUGUUUUAAGUGUGAAACACACAAGCUUUAAUACACACAAACUAUUUAUUAUUAUACAAAACAAAUUUCAUCAUACUUCGCUACAUUCGUAACUAUUGCAACAAAAGGUGGCUGAAUAAUAAUAAAACAAUGUUUAAUUAAAAAGUAAAAUGUUAACAAAACAUAUGGUUCAUUAUUAGGCUGAUUAGGCUGAUGAAUACAAAUCAACAUGAAGCAUUGCAACUAGUGAAAAAUAAAUUGGAAAUGAUAAAACUGGUGUUAUGUUGUUUAAUUAUUUGCAAUAAAGAACUGAAAACUGA